AACAGGAUGAAAGAGACAAGGUUUCUUUGGCUUGUUGCAUGGCUUUUGCUGUGUGAGGGGGACCGUGUGUGUUGGGGUCCAUCGUGGCCCAUUCAGGCGCUGGAAAUCCAUAUUUAUCUGGUAGGUGGAGCCGGCAAAGGCUCCUACAGGCGGGAAUGCACCUGUCAGCGGACACCUGUUGUUCCACCACGCUGGGCAGGGAGUACGUGUUCUACUCCAGCUCUCCCUCCGGAGGUACCCGGGACCCAGCCGUGCAGCGAAAACAGAGCGCAGGAGACUCGGAUUCACCGCCCGGCAUGGCCCGCUGCCUGGGGCCCGCACUGCUGCUGCUGCUGCUGCUGGGGUCCGCGAGCCCCGCCGGAGGGAACCGCUGUGUGGCCGCGGCCGAGGCGUGCACGGCGGACACGCGGUGCCAGCGGCUACGCACCGCGUACGUGGCGCGGUGCCUGGACCGGGCCGCGCCGGGAGGCUGCCCCCGCGCUCGCUGCCGCCGCGCUCUGCGUCGCUUCUUCGCCCGCGGGCCGCCCGCGCUCACCCUCGCGCUGCUCUUUUGCCCGUGCGCGGGCUCCGCGUGCGCCGAGCGGCGGCGCCAGACCUUCAUGCCCACCUGCGCCUUCUCGCGGCCGGGCGCCACGCCGCCCUCCUGCCAAGCGUCCUUAGACGCCUGCGAGCACAGCCGAGUCUGCAAGCCCCGCCUCCUGGCUUUCCAGGCCGCCUGCGCGCCGACCCCCAGCGCCCCCGACGGCUGCCUGCAGGAUCAGGCCCCCAGCUGCCGGCGCGCUUAUGCAGGCCUCGUGGGUAGGAACGACCCGGAUCGGGCGCUUGGGGGUGGAGGGGCCCUCUCUAGAGGCUGCCACCCCUGCAUGGACCGAUUACCCGCCCUCGGGGGUCCCAUAGGCACUGCCGUCACCCCCAACUUUGUGGACAACGCGAGCGCACAUGUGGCGCCCUGGUGCGACUGCGCAGCCAGCGGAAACCGGCGUGAAGAGUGUGAAGCCUUCCGGGGGCUCUUUACCAGGAACCGCUGCUUGGAUGGUGCCAUACAGGGCUUUGACAGUGGGUGGCUCCCAACCCUGCAGGACCGGCUGGGCCCCCGCCAGGACUCGGAGCACAGCCUCCUGCAGAUGGACCCCUGGAGGGGAACUCUCUGCUCUCCACACUCCUUGUCCUGGCCCUGUGGCACCUGCUUUGAUGAGGACAGCAGACAGCAGACAACACAGCUACCCGUCCCACUUCUGCCUGGGGUCUUGCUGAAAAGGGACCAGCAUACCUCCCAGCCGGCCCCAGUGUUCUCACCCUGCUACCCUGUGUCCCUGUCCCUGUAGUGAGGGGGGUGGGCUGGGGGCCUGGCUACAAAGCCCGUAGUUUCCCCUUCAGUCAGUUUCUUGGUUGUAGGUCCCUUUCUCCAUUGAUUUUGGGACAACUGGGGUCUUCCACAGGUCAAGGACAGAGGAGGUGCAGGAGGCAGUCAUGUAGAGAAGGUCAGAGACUGUCCAAACUCUCAGAAUUGUAGGGAAUUUUGUUAGCCUCCCAAGCAAAUAAUGCUCAGGGAGUGCAUCUGGACAGACUUGAAGGCGAAAACAUCCUUGUAACACUGCAGCCUUCUCAUGGUGCCCUCCCAGUUAGGCACGACCCAGCAUUACAGCCUUCUGCACCCCACGACUAAGGUUGCCAGAGUGCUCCCUGUCCAGGAAAUGCUGCUUGAAGGGCAAAACCUGGAGCAAGAAUCCAGUCCCCAACCCACAUCGCACGGGCCAAAAGGCCACCUUCCCCACUGUGUAACCCAGAGUUAGAGAUGGCGCAACCAGCUCAAUAAAUCCAU